GAAGCGGUACCCUACCUCGCAUUCCCCGGAAUGUGCUACAGCGAUGGGGUUGGCAGCGGACAAUAAAGCCUACUUCCAGAGGGGCAGUCUGUUCUGGUUCACCAUCAUCACCCUCUCCUUUGGCUAUUACACGUGGGUUGUCUUCUGGCCUCAAAGUAUUCCUUAUCAGAGCCUAGGGCCUCUGGGCAUCUUCACUCAGUACUUGGUGGACCACCAUCACACCCUCCUGCACAAUGGGUAUUGGCUUGCCUGGCUGAUCCAUGUGGGAGAGUCCUUGUAUGCCAUGGUAUUGUGCAAGUCAAAAGGCAUAACGAAUGCUUGGGCUCAACUACUCUGGUUCCUACAGACUUUCCUCUUUGGGAUAGCCUCCCUCUCCAUCUUGAUUGCUUACAAACCAAAGCACCCCAAAAAAACUUAAAGAACAUAUUCAGAAGCUUUCUCUACACUUUGACAUCCAACCUCACCUUUUUGGGGGGGUGCUUUGUUUAUUCCAUCUUUCUAUUUUCUAGAAAGUUAAGACUCUCUAGUUAUUCAUUAUUUCAUAUGCUCUGGUUGAACUUGAGUAGAUCAUAGGAAAAGAUUUUAGCUGUCCUAUUCUGUAGACUAAGCUAUUUGUCAGAGGGCUUCCAGCUACCUUCUUGAAGUCCUUGGCUGUGUUGGUGCUCUCUCCCUAUCAUCUGGUUUAAGCCACAUACUGAAUUUGUUUGUUGGUGUACCUUUGCUCCCAUCUUCUGACUAAAACGCCUUAUAACCAUCUUAGCUCUCUUUUCCCAAAAUUUUUCCACCUUUCUGGACCAUGGGGGAGUAAACACAUCCACAAUAUAUCAAUUCCAAAUGCAUUUGUUAGCACCAGUGAGGCAAAAUCUUAUCCUUUCAAAUUUUCACUUCUCACACUACCAAAAAAGAUAAGGAAGAUAAGCCAGUGCCUGGAACCAGGCAGACUGAGCAGAUACAUAAAGGCAAAAGGACAUGCUGACACCCAAGAAGAGAGAAUUGGAGAAUGCCUUUCUUGAUUCUGCCAACCAGAGUGAUUCUUCCCUCCAUAUGGCCCCUUGGACACAGUGCAAGGUCUGAUGACUAAUGCUGGAUUACUCCUUCAAGUCAGGACUACAUCUUAGACAGCUUCAUUUUACCUUUAACACCUGCCCGAUUGCCUUGCACACAGGUUUUCUAUCAGUGUUUAUUGAACAAAGAAGGGAAACUUUGAUUUUACUGUCUAGCAUCAAUCCAAUUUUUAUGUGAAAACUGCAGAACCCAUUUAGUGUAACCUAGUCUCAAGGAAAAGCACAGGACUAUCUUUGACUGGUAGUACCACCUUUCUGUUGGUCCCUUGAUGGGACACCUAUAUCUUUUUCACACUUUCCUAUUCUUGGUCCUUUUCUCCAAAUGCUAUAGGUGUCUCCCUUCAGCUCUGGCUUACUCCAACACAAACAUUCCUGUUCUAGAGAUUCUAGACCAUGGGUGGUCCAGCUGGUUACCACCUCUUCCACCAAUUCACCUCAUUAUACCUCAUUAAUACUGACUGGUUACAGUAGGGCAGUGAUUUUCAACUUUUUUCAUCUCAUGGCACACCAAAAAAUAUAUUUUUUGCUGAUCUACAAAAAAAAACAGGUAUAAUUUUGAAUCAUUCAUACCACACAACUAUUGUUGUAUU